AUGACUUCCUCAGCAAAUGUUUCUACACAGUCCCUUCCGUUACCAGCUGAUGCGGAUUCCCCGCCAACUUUUCAGGAAUGGUACUCCUUCGAUGCACUCUCCAACUGUUGGAGCCCACUUCCACCCUCUACCUCAGUGACUUGCGAUGAGAGCACAAUGUCAGCCUCAGACAAAGCGAAACUGAAGAUACCUGCACUUAACCUUGUAACUUGGAAUGUAGAUGCCUUCGCCAAGUUUCCCGAUGACCGUAUGGCCGGUAUCAUUUCCACCAUACGCAAUCAAACACCUCCACCUGACAUACUCUUCUUCCAAGAAGUCCCUAAGGCAGCACUGUUUUACCUCCUCGAUGAACCCUGGAUUCGCGAGGGGGGUCUCGCAUUCAUUACCAUGAUACUCUUAUCCAAAGCCAGUUUCAGUACAGACAGUCGGGACCCAGACAAAGCAUGCCUCGGACCAGUCUGGCGAGUUGAUUAUCCAAGUAAGUUUGACCGAGACGCUCUCUGCUGUGAUGUCUUCAUGCCACAAUCCGCUACCCGUGUCCGUUUGGCCAAUGUGCAUCUGGACUCUCUUGCUUUCCAGCCAAGUUGUCGUCCGCGGCAGCUCGCCAUCGUUGCAAAUAGUCUCCGUUGUGCCGGGCAUGGCUUCGUCGCAGGAGACUUCAACCCUGUCCUCCCAGAGGAUGACAGUCUCGUGGCCACCAACGGUCUGGUAGACGUGUGGAACGAGCUGCACCCCGACGAACCGGGCUUCACCUGGGGUCUUGAUGGUCGGGAACCUUUCCCUCCAGGACGGUUGGACAAAGUGGCCGUUCUUGGCCUGAAGGGGCAAGAGAUGGACAUUCUUCAUCCCGGUGCAAUCAACAGCGCGGGACAGGGUCUACUGCUACGGCAAUUGGAUACCCCCAUGCCUUGGAGUGACCAUUCAGGUCUAAAGUGCUGCUUACGUUUUGCUAAUGAGCCUUUGUAA